AUGGCAUCAACACUUUCACAACUGCUGCACCCCGAUUGGGUACUGAUGGACGUUGAUAAGUUGGGCACUUCGAUUUAUCACAAUGAUGAGCAUCCACUUACGGAGACAGUUAGGAAUUUAAAGGAGAAACUGCUUAAAGAAGCUCUGAUCAAUGGAUCUAUUGAUACUUUGGUAGAAUGUGCUAGAACAACCGACGGUCUUAUAAAUAAUGAUUGGAGAGUCAAGAUCUGGCCAUUGUUAAUAGAAAGAUAUCAUAAAGAUCAUAUACAGAUUGAACCUGUCUUUGAUGAUAGUGGUAAAAGUACUUUAGUAUCAUCAUUAGAGAAUUCUUUAACAUUGAACAACAAUCUUCAUGAAAGUCCUUCUACCAAAUUGGGUAACUCGAUGAGAUUAGAUUCUCCAAGUUUGAAGUAUUAUUUAGAUGAUUUGAAUUCUGUUGAUCUUCCUCCACAUAAAGAUGAAGAUCAAGUUAUGUUGGAUGUUAAGCGAUCAUUUACGGUGUUAUCACAUUUCCAAUCCACUCAAAGAGACUCAUUUACUGCUAUUUAUUCCCAACAGGAUAUUGACAGUUUGAGAAAGAAACUUUCGAACUUGAUCAUAAAAAUCUUACGUAAAUACCCGUGUUUGAAUUACUAUCAGGGGUACCAUGAUAUUGCUAGUAUAAUCUUGAUAGUUUGUAAUCAUCAUGAUACUGUUGAUGCUACAUUAGUAGCUGACGAAGAAUUGGCUUUUAGAUUGUUGGAAUUAUUGACAGUUUAUCAUUUAAGAGAUUUCAUGACUUCAAAUAUCAAGCUUUCAAUCAAUCAUUUACGGUUAAUUCCGGCAAUUUUAGAACAAGCAGAUCUGGAGUUAUUUUCAUUGUAUAAGAAGUCAUCUCAUGCAACCACAGAUGGUUUGGGUUAUGAUUAUGAUUUCCACCCUGCAUUAUCAUCCAUAUUGACUUUAUUCAGUCACGAUUUGUCUAAUCUUCAACAUAUAUUGACUGUUUGGGACUUUUCUAUGAGCUACAGUUCAAUACUUCCCAAUGUGUAUAUUUAUGCUGCUUGUCUUAUUUUCUACAAGGAGAAGAUACUAAGUCAAUUGGGGUUCACAGGGUCGAAUUAUGAAGAUAUUGAUCAGGAUUUACUACACACUUUGGUGUCACCCAAUAUUCUUCUCAAAGAUUUAUCUGAUAACGAUUUAGUGAAAAUCUUGAGUAAAGCUGAAGAUUUAAUUAAUAGUUAUCCACUUUCAUCAUUAAAUGAUGGAACUUUCAAUGUGUGGUUUGAAAAGUAUAAUAAGAACUCGGUAUUGAGUACGACUUCUGUUAUAUAUAAUGAAGGUCAAACUCAACCACAAUCACAAUCACAGUUGAAUCUCACAAGUAGUAUUUCACUUGCUAAUAUUUUGGAGACUCAAGAACAUGAGAUUGAAUCACAGAGUUUUGCUGAAAUUGCCCGUAAACAAGACUUGAUGGAAUCUCACAAACUAGCCACAGAUGAAUAUUCUAGUUCUGAUUACGAGCAUGGAUAUCUGUUGGAAUCGAGUCUAUCCAGUUUGUCGAGUCUUUCAUCGUCUAUUAAUCUUAAAAUUGCUGAUACUUCUGCAUUAUUAUUCAAAUCGUUAUUUGAAAUCGAUUGGGAUUCUGAGAAAAAUGCAGAGACUGACAACAUUAGUAAUCAAGAAAAGAAUGAAGAUAGUCAUGGUGGUUAUGAAUUGUAUAAACGUUUCUACAAGUUUAGUAUAACAAUUGGAAUCUUUGGGUUUGUUCUUCAUUUUUUGAUUACCAAACAAUAUCCUAAUUUUAAUUGUUACCAUUUCCUACAGAAUUUAACUAAUUCAUCCGAAUGGUCCAAAGAAAUUAUGGGAAUGGGACAUUCUAUGAUAAAUGAUGUGGGUAUGACUGUUAAGGAAACUGUCAGAUCAAUUAAGAGUUCUGUGGGGACCAAUUUUAUUAUUGGACAAGUUGGUUUAGGGAACAUUAGAAAUUCUAUUUUUGGAUUAUGA